AGUUAUCGGCGGAGUUCGCUUGCUGCACAUUGUACGUCUUGAACGAGACAUGUCAGCUUCGCCGCUUCUCUUCCAACAACUGCAUCUUUCACCGCUGUUGGUAGAUCACUUAAACUUCUGAUUUCCCCAACAGAGGAAGAAGUACAUGUACCCGCCGGCCAGUAACGCACAUUGAAGGAUGCUAGACUCCCCUGGCUCUCAAGACGACUGCUUCGAGAGCACACUGGCCGAGCGGGUGCAAACAGUGCUGGAGGCUUCUGACACGCUGCACUCUGUUCUGGGCUUGAGGCGAGGAAGUAGCCUGCUCGGUGAGGAAGGCGUACGCCUAUGGAAGAUGCCUGAACCAGCUUGGCCAGCCAGCAACAGCAGCACUCAGAACCGGACAUGGGAAGAUGUACUCCUGGGUUUUAAACCUCCUGAGGAUGGCGCCGCGUACUCGCUGGCUCUGCAGCAUACGCGUGGUUCCCAGAACAGCCUACAACGGACGGCGGUUGCCUCAUGUGAUUUUUCAACCACGAAGCUGGAGAUACCAGAGAUUGUCAUUGAGCCGCCAUCGACUGGCUCUACUCCGCUCAAGCUUAACGUGGAUGUUCUGACGAGUAAGCGCAAGAGAUCACCAACCAAGCUUCUGAAGUCCCAGCAUCGAGUCGCUACUGAGGGCUCCAAAGUCGACCUCGGACUCACGUGUAGCCACUUCGAACAGCAGUAGGAUCAGACUCGGACAAGGCACGAGCUCGAGGUACCGAAGGAGUCGUUCAUCAGGAACUUCGACGGAGUGUAUAAUGUAGAUGACCACGGCGUUGGUUCCACCCUUUCGCCGUCCACCGUCGUCCCGCCUGGUUUAGAAUUACCUACGGCUGGUCUACUGUCCCUAGAGGAAGACUCGAGAGGCUGCAGCAUCGCUCUACUGGUGUCCUCAGCUGACGAGCCUCCCCCGAAUUUUGCUUGCCCGUUUCGGCACCACCUCCGUCAAGAUUGAGCUUUCGCACCUCGAGCUUCAGUCGACCGAAACGCACGCGUAGCAAGCUGUCUCUUCGCAACUAAACGACAGCUUGAAUUUUGGGGGCGCGGAAUGCGUAGAGCUUAAGUUAAUGCGCAUGCUUAUUCCCGUACCACGUCCGGUAUAUCGAGCACACUUGAACCAGCAAGAUCAGCAGCAGAUCGAGUGGGGGUUAUGCUGCACUGCGCCCAUAAAGACGUGU